UUUCCUCUUGACUUUACACUCAGUCCUGCACCCCUCCACAGCAGCAUGCCUCUGCCCAACAAGUGGUGGCUUUUGUGCGUCGUUUCUCUCUCCUUUGUCGCCCGUUUUGGGUCUUGCAGAAGACACAGACAAGAUGGAGUUCAACCCGAGCUCUUCAUCUUCAAUGAGUUGUGCGCCCUGAAGGACGAGUCAGGACCUUGCAAGGCCACGAAGGACCGAUUCUUCUUCAAUGUCGACACGGGCCACUGCGAGCUGUUUGAAUAUGGAGGCUGCGGGGGAAACGCAAAUAAUUUUGAGACCCUGGAAGCCUGUGAGGAAACAUGCGUCGUCUCAGAUGACAAGAACCCGUGUCACCUAGCCGAAGCUCCUGGUCUCUGUCGUGGGCUGGUGACGCGCUACUUCUUUGACAGCAAUAGUCAGCAGUGCAAGCAUUUCUUCUACGGUGGCUGUUUUGGCAAUGCAAACAAUUUCAGGAGCAUGUCAGAGUGCCAGGCGAAAUGUCAGAACCCAGGGGAUGUGAGUCUAAGUGAACCGCAGGUGCAAUCGAACAACUCUAAUCCAGGGCCAAAAGGGGGACAUGUCACGGUGCAGAGAAGAGGUAUGCAUUCAACCCCAGGAUCAAGAGAUGCCAGAUGUUUCACUACACCGGCUGCGGGGGAAACGGGAACAACUUCCCCAACAAGAAAGACUGUUUUAACCAGUGCAUCAGAGGCAACAUUGUUCAUAGCGGGAAGAUGAUCCGAAUAAGGAAGAAAAACCUAAACAGAAUUGUCAACCGCUCCAUCUGAACAGUCGGCCCUGCAUCACAUCUGCACUACAGCGGAGCCACCUUUAUUUAUGUCCAUAUUUUAUGUUGAGCUAAACUCAUAUAUAUUGUUUUGUAGUGCUGCUGUACUUGCUUAAAUGACAUUUAGUGUACGUGAUUUACCUUUGUAGUGACUGAAUGCAAUUAUCAUCCUUAUCCACAUGACUAUUUCUAUAUCUCAUUGACAAAAAAACAAAUUUGUUUUGCUUAUGUCUAGUAGCAGCUCAAUCACCAAUGCUUUUGUAUAAAUAUAUUAUGCCUUUUUUAUUUUACUGUUUUAGGGCUCUGUUAUCAUCAAAAUAAGUCACUGUAACUUGUAUGGGAAAACACCAAAGUUGAGGCAAUAUUUUUGUUCAAUAAUAAAAAUGAAUGCUCCCCCUGCAUAUUAACUGUGUCUAUAGAGUAACUGAUGAUUUUUCGACAAGAGUUUUGGCAUAGCUCCACUAUUGUAAAUCAAUGUGAACAACAGCAUUAGCAGAUUAAACUGAUGGCAAUUCGAAACAGCCACAACAGUACACAGAAUCAUCUCAAGCAGGCACAUUAAUCAAGAUGACAGUGUCCUCCCAGCUAUAAAUCAAUGUAAACAAUGUAAUGACAGUUUUAUUUUUGUCGGAUUAAACAUGCACACCCUUUUUUCCUUCUUUUUUAAUCAAUUUUAUGCAGUUCAGUAAAUCACUAUAGCAGGCCUGCUGGUGUUGUUGGUUAGGAAAACCAGAGAGGGGCAGUGUUGUGUAAAGAAAGUUUUUGAAGAGGUCGUCAGCACUCUGUUGGCUGCAUAGUAUUAUCUUCUCUGUAUCAUUUUAUAAUCAUGGUUGUAAAGAAUUGGACUGUACGAGUUUAUAUAAUAAACUUUGACUAUAAUAUUCCCUCUCCUCUGGUUCUUUGUCUGAUAAAUGUCCCAUCAGUCGUUUUGUAUGUAACGCGUACAAAAUGUUUAACAUUACAAACAAAGCAAAUCAAUACAUUUAAAUAUCAUGUUAACAUAGAUCCCAUAGUAUCCAUAGGCCUUAGAAAGCUUUUUCACAUGACAAAACAUGUAUGUAUGGAAAUUACUUUAUGGCAUCAACAACUGUUAACACGUCAAGUUCUGAGGAAAAUAAUGUGUUGGAUUUUUGUUGAUAAUUGGUGUGUUAAAAAAAGGAAAGAAUCUGCAAUUGUUUUAAAAAACAACCUUGAAAUUAAAUUUAAAGCCAUUAAAUGAAACCUGAUCUUGAAGCUUCACUUUGUCGGUCUGCCUUCAGGGUUGUAGUUACCACUGAAGCAACAUCCUGUGGUUUUUUUUGUGAGGGAAUCAGAGAAGUUAAGCACAUACAAUCAACACUGCUUUAUUGUAAAAGCUGAUUCUAGGUUUGUUGUUGUUGUUGUUUUUUUAACUCUUUCAAU